AUGUUACCACUUCUCGCUAUCCGUAGAAGUUAUAAUGCAGAUGAUGAUAACAUCUGGUUCCCAAUUCCAACACCAUGGGGCCCUCUCCGAAUCGGAAUCGAUAAGAAUGAAGAGGAAGAAACGUAUGAUGAUGACAAUUGGGGCAUUGGAAUCACAUACCAUUCACCAUGGGGCAAGUUCUACCUCGGCUAUCGCAGCAACGAAGAAGAAGCUGAAGAAGAUGACAACUGGGACAUCAGCUUAACAUACCACUCACCAUGGGGCAAGUUCACAAUUGGAUACCACAAUACCGAUGAAGAAAAGGAGACUAAGCCUCAGCAUAAGUACGAGAUCCCUCCACUCAAUAAAUAUCUUAUGGAAAAGGCAAAGUGGGAAAGGAAAAUUCAAGAAGGAAUGAUGAAGCGUUUUUAUGAUCUUCUUAAGAAAAAGGCUGCCACAACCCCAAAGAAGAACUCAUUCAAAUUUGAUAUUAAAUCCAUACUUGAUGAAGUAAAGCGUUUUGAUGAAAGAUGCAAAGCAAUGGCAAUGCUUGCUAAACGUUGGCAGUCACAUACUCCAAAGAAGAACUCUCUGGCAACUGAUGUCAUGAGAUUUGCUCUGGAAAAUCAGAAGUUUCUUGAUGCGAUGCAUAAGUUUAAUGAAGAGAGAAUGCGCCUUCUUAAACUAAAGUUUAAAAAAUAA